AUGUCGUCCAAGGUCAGAUAUUACAUGGAACUGAGUGUUCCAGAAUUGGACGAUUUGAACAAAAAAGGUCUUUUUGACCGCAAGGAAAUCACCAUGAUUAUGCGUAGAAGAACAGAUUAUGAAUACAGAAUCCAAGGCAGAGGAUCCAAGCCCCGGGACUACUUGAAAUACGCCGAGUUCGAAAUCAGCUUGGAGAAGCUCCGAAUUAAAAGAUACCAGCGUCUUAAAACGGUGGACAUGGUCGACACAAAGCCAUCUAUUUCUGAUUGGGCAGGUUUCAGAAAAAUCGUGUUCGUUUUCGAUAGAGCAGUGAAAAGAUACCCAGGAGACCUUGAAAUCUGGAGCAGGUACCUUCAAUUUGUCAAGGAUAAAGAUGCUGUUAAGGUGGUGUACCGAGUUUAUGCUAAAUUGUUGCUGUUACAGCCUAGAAACGUUGAUGCCUGGCUUCUGGCUGCAAAAUACGAAUUCGACGUUAACGCCAACGCAAAGGGUGCCCGUGAUUUGUACCAGAGAGCAUUGCGUAUGAAUCCUGAAUCCUUCAAGCUCUGGUUGAGUUAUGCACAGUUUGAGUUGGCGUAUGUGCUGAAGUUGCUCGCCAGAAGAAAGGUGAUGGGACUUUUGACAGAAAAACAACAAAAAGACGACUUGGCAGCACAGGAAUCCGAGUUUCAGAAAAGAAAGGAGAAGAGCACAGACGGAGUGUCUGGAAAUGACGAUAUGGUGACACUUAAUGAUGUGGAUGGUGAUGAAUUGCGCUCUGAAUUGGCUCUGUUGCCUGAAGCAGACAUUUCCGUGCUCGGGAACCCAGAUUCCAAUCCUGUGCUCAAGGGAGACAUUGCCUUGACAAUUUUUGACUUGUGCAUUCCUGAGCUUCUCCAGGGUGUUGCUUCCAACUUGAAGGAAGACAAGGUCUUCGAGAUUGCCAACGACUUCCUAGACAUGUUCGAGAAGUUCCCUACCUUGAACAGAGAGUACUUGUACCAUCACAUUUUGCGUUACUUGCAAACCAACUAUGCUGGUAACAUUCGCACUGCUACCAUCGACAUUACUUUGACGCUCCGGGGUAUUUCUGUGGGCGAUGCGGACUUGGCUGAAAACUUACAGCUUUCGGUGAACAAAUUUAAUGCUUACAAGGCCAAGGCCAAGUCUGACGCUGAGAAGAAGGCACUCACAGACUUCUACAUCAACUACUUGGAGGACAACUUCGUGAACUCGCCUGAAGAGAAGCUGGACCGUGUGGUUAUGCUCUUGAAAGCGAUUAUCCAGAAGUGUCGCUGA